GGUCACACCACAACGUAUAGAGUUACAAUGACGAAUGUAACAUAUUCCUCACACAUCUGUUGGGGUCACUUCGUCUUUCGAUUUGGUGAAGACGUUGUUGGGAGUUAGUUGGCCAUGAAGUUUGACACAAUAUUAGAACAUUUGGGGGAGUUUGGCCCCUACCAGAAACGCCUCUACCUGAUGGUGUGUGUACCAGCCAUCACGUGUGCCUUUCAGUCUCUUUUGCCUGUAUUUUCUAUGGCUCUUCCGAAUUUCAGAUGUGCAGCGCCAGGGUUAGCCAAUGAUACCUACAAUAGCCAAGGUCAAGGUCAUGAUGUGGUAGUGAACGGCAGCAUCCCCUGGGACCGUGAUGAGGACGGCGUAUCGACGUUGUCAGAGUGUAGCGUGUACACUAACUUGACAGCGGGGAACAAUACACGAGAAUGUACAUCCUGGGUGUAUGACAAAACCACCUUCACGUCCACGGCCCAGUCAGAAUUCAACUUCGUGUGUGGUAACAAGGCAUGGCGAGCCACAUCUAACUCCUUGGCCUUUGCGGGUGGGCUAACCGGGUCGUUCGUCUUCGGCUUGGCAUCUGAUUUGAUUGGUCGGAAAAAAACGUACUUUUUCAAUGUGUUGCUCCACUCUGCUAGCUGUAUCGGCAUAGCCUUUUCUCCUAAUAUGGUGAUCUUCAACGCACUGAGGUUCAUCGAGGGAAUGGCUAAUUCUGGACUCUACAUGGUGGCAUAUGUUAUAGGGAUGGAGUUUGUGGGACCAUCAAAGCGGGUGAUUGCAGGAAUGGUCAUUGACCUGUUUUGGUGUCUUGGUUUGUUCAUCCUUGGCGCCGCUGCCUAUUGUCUGCGAGACUGGCACCAUCUGCAACUAGCUCUCUCUGCGCCUUCAGCACUGAUUCUAAUCAUGUGGUGGUUUAUUCCCGAAUCUCCAAGAUGGCUGCUGUCACGUGGGAGGGACGCUGAAGCUGAACAGAUUAUCCGGAAGGCGGCAGAAGUAAACGGCGUGGACCUUCCUCCCAAAAUAUUCGACAAGUCGACUCUGAAGCAGGAAAAUCAGCCUCAAGGCAAGGUGUGGGAAAUGUUCACAACGCCAGUUCUCUUCAUCAGAUGUCUCAUCAUCUUCUUUAACUGGUUUGUAAUCAGCAUGGUCUACUACGGCCUUGGACUGAACGUACAGAACCUCAGCGGAGACAUCUUCCUCAACUUCACAAUCGCCAACAUCAUGGAGACUGUUGCCUACGUCCUCUGCAUCUUCCUCCUCGACCGUACCGGAAGGAAGAAACUGCAUUGUGGGAGUAUGCUGCUGGGUGGUAUCGCGUGUCUGGCCACCACAUUCCCUGUUAUAUAUGGCAACAGCUCUCACGUGUGGAUUACAACAGCACUGUCAAUGGUUGGGAAACUUGGUGCUUCUGCAGCCUUUGGCAUCAUUUACGUAUUUUCCGCCGAACUGUUUCCAACUGUAGUGCGAAACUCUGGAAUGGGUGUCAACUCUUUAUUUUCAUCUGUUGGAGGAGUUGUCGCCCCCUAUAUUGCAGAUCUGGGCAUCCUCCUCGGGGGCAGCCUAGAGACGGUGCUUCCACUGAUUGUGUUCGGAGCUGUUACCGUUUGCGCGGGACUUCUUUCCCUUCUACUUCCAGAAACCAGGCGUCAACAACUCCCCGAAAACAUCGAUGAUGCCAAAACAUUUGGAAAAGCCAGUAGCAAGAAGGGACUACAUGGUGAUACGUUUUGCGACUCGAACACAGAAGCAGAUAAAACACAAGACGAGUUACAAAAGGGAGACAAUUAUUCAUCUUUCAACUUACAAGGCAGUGACGUCAUAACAUUUCCUAAAUGAAUCCUGAGAACAGAAGCAAUCUACCAAUAUCAAUAUAUUCCAUACCAGGCUUUCUCCUUAUACAUGUAUCUCGUAAUAUUUUUUAAUGUGUAGUUCACCUGAUAUACGGCUUUUCCAUUGGUAGAGAGAUCGGUCACAUGAUCGCGAAACUGACGUUCAUAUGUGUGUGCACGACACAAGGGAAGCCAUUCUGGUCAGUCAAACCCAAAUCAUACAUGAAUACAUAUACAUUUACGAAAAAUGAGUGUAGGGUAGAGAAAUCUUUUUUAAUUCAACAAGUACAUGCAUGUGUAAUAGAAAAAAGAUGUAUAGGGUUUUUUUCAGGUUCACAUCUCGUCCCAGACGCUUCUGUUGGUAGUCAUGGUUGAUUCUUUAUGGUAUGCGCCAAGAACAGUCAAUUUAAAGAGAACAUUGAGUUUCCUCUAUGAGUUUUAGUCGUGACGGACAUAUGUAAAAACAUGUUAAUGUGUAGAAGGAUUAUGAUGAUUAUGCCACGAUUCCUAGUAUAUACACUUUUGAAUGUGUAUCACGACAUAUUGGACUGUCUAUGUGGUCUUGCAUAUGCCCGGAGUUCGGAAGGCCGAUGGUUCGAUCCUGACCGCGUCAUACAAACAUACCAUAAAAUAUCGACUCGGAGUUAACUUGUUUUAGUAGGGGUAAACAUCUUAAACUGAGAUGUUGUACCUCAGUGGACAAGCACUAUACAACCGGAAUAUUACAUAUCGUAUCGCAUUUGUAUCUCAAACGAUGGAAUGCUUAAGUCAUGAUAUACUUGAUUAUAUAUAGUAUAGAAUGUAUAAGGAAAAAAACAGGACAAUGCUUGUAAGAUGUCAACAUUAAUACACAUGUCGUAGCUGCCUUGCAUUCUAAUUUUUAUUCCACUGACUGGACUAUUGAAGAUAUUCCAGACGUACUGAAUGUACGUAAGAAUAAUGAUCGUUUCCUACAUACCAACUAUAAAACGUCAGCGCCAGAGAAUAAACAGUCUCGAUUACCCGCCUAAAAAGAUUUAUUUGGGCGUAAAAGGCAAAUAGCUGUGGGAAUUAUAUCAAUCGAUCACUGAAAAUCAGUGAUUACACCAGUCUGUUGAGAUUGUUGGAAUGACAGAACGAGAUAGUACACAUUCUUGCUAUUUACACAAGUAUCCAAUAGCCGAUUACAAAACGAAAGAACAAUGGGGAAAAGUGUGCAGAAGAACUGACUUGAUGUUCAUUGCCGGCUAUAAGCCUGAAAUGUGAUUUGUUCGUCAAAGAUUACGAUGAGAGACUUGUGAAUAUGAAAUUGGAAAAUGAUGAUUUAAAGCAAAAGGUUAUUAAUCUGGUAUUAAAAACUGAUAACAUUGAGGCUCAAUCAAAAAGAUCAAAUCUCAUAUUUCAUGGCCUGAAAGAGUGAGUGAGUGAGUUUGGUUUUACGCCGCUUUUAGCAAUAUUCCAGCAAUAUCACGGCGGGGGACACCAGAAAUGGGCUUCACACAUUGUACCCAUGUCGGGAAUCGAACCCGGGUCUUCGGCGUGACGAGCGAACGCUUUAACCACUAGGCUACCAGACCGCCCCUGGCCUGAAAGAAGAACGUGGAGAACCAUGGGAUAUGAGUGAGUCGAAAGUUAAAGCCUUCCUCCAUGACCAAAUUUGACUUCCUGACGCUGAUUCAGUACCAAUAGAGAGGGCACACCGUUUAAACAGUAAGAAAGCAACUCGGCCUGUCAUUGUCAAGUUUGCGUCUUACAAAGACAAACCGAGUAUUUUGAAGGCAGACAGAAAGCAGCACCUUAAAGGUAACAAUAACUUUCGCAUAUCGGAGGACUUCACAGAAAGGUUGAUGUGGCUUCGAUCACAGCUGUUCCCGUUUAUGGACAAAGAAGGAGGGAUGUACCGCCUUUCUUAGCUACGACAAGCUCAUUACAGACGGCAGUGUGUACAUUCUAGAUGAAUCAACGUGUGAGCUGCAACAAAUUGGACAGCGACGUUACUGGGUGAAGAGAUCGUCCCCGCAAACACAUUCCCAUAAUGAUACUCAACAUUCAGAUAUGGCAAGGGGAGAUAACUCGGACAAUUCUCCCUCUGAAGGGAGACAACGCGAGACACCAUAGGAGAACGGCCGUAGGCUCCAGUGAUAGACAGAGCUGUGAUGCCCCUCAACCAGUAUCUACCUUUGCUACUGUCCCAAAAAAUAUUUUAUCAAUUUGCACUUGGAACGUAAAUGGUCUCCGAUCUACUCUUUCCUGCAAUUUUGUUGUAUCUUUUUGUACAAUUUUGAUAUAUUUGGUUUCUUAGAGACGAUGUGUUGUGGUGCAGAAAAAUGUAACACUUCUGAUGAUUAUCUUUGUUUUACAUCAGAGGGAAAACGUCGGCAGAACCGUGGACGAUUUUCUGGGGGAAAUUUCUGUUUGCAUAAGCAAAGCAUUAAAAUCACAUUUCAAGCGGA